AUGAUGAGAGGUGGUCGUCGAGAAGAGAAAGAAGAGAACUUGAACCAGGAAGUCUUGGAUGAGCUACGAGAUACGAGGACUUUGAUAAACAAUUCGCGAAGAGGCGGCAGAGUGCAGAUGACAGAGGCAAUAAAAGAGGCUGCCAAAUCUCCGUUUACCUAUGAGAUAAUGUAUGUUGACAUCCCAGAAAAAUGUGUACUGCCAACGCUUCCGAGCAUAUUCAGCGGAUCUGAAAGUGUUAUGCAACACUUGAAACAAUACAUUCUUUCAUUGAUACAAUGGGGACGAAAUGAUGAGGUACUUUGUCGAUACUUCCCCGCGAGUUUAACCGGGGAAGCAUUGGCUUGGUUUGACGGGCAACCAGAAAGAUCAAUUUCGUCGUUCAAAGACUUACAAAGAAUAUUCCUGACCACUUACAUCACUAACAACAUGUUAAGGCCGGGGAUUGAGACUCUAUUCAAUUUAAGGAGGAGAUCUUCGGAAAUCCUGCGAGGAUUGGUAACGAGGUGGAGGAUGGUAUGCAGCGAGCUUGCAGGAAGAGUUGAUGAGAAGAAUUUCAUCCUAGCUUUCGUGAACGCGUUGAUCCCAAAUGAUCUGCUGUACACUCAAAUAUUCAUCAUUCGCAACUCUUUGACAAUGAAUGAAUUAAGAGAGUAUCAAGAGGAAUAUAUAGUGUUGGAAGAAAAGCAUAGGCAAGUCAGCGAAAUAGUAUCGAUUCCAGCAAAGGAAGGGAAUUCAAGAUUAUUACCAAGGGAAGUGCAUGUCGUGGAGAAUGAUCCGAAACACAAAAAGGGAGAGCCAUCAACUCCAAUCCCAGCAAAGUUAGUGGAUGUGUCAAGUGGAAAUCAAGAAUGGAUUGAUCAACAAAGAUAUGAAGAAUCAAGACGGAGGAAUUAUGAUCCGCGAAGCUACAUCACGGGAUAUCAACAAAGAAACAACCAAGGGCCCAGAUUUGGAGAGCGAAGACCAAGUGCACCAGCUUUUGAAGACAUAAACCUCCCAAGGCUUAAUGCAACUGUGGAAAAGGUAUGGGAGGCAAUAGUACUAACGGAGGAGAUCCCACCACCACCUAAUUUUGGGAGAAAACCACCUCCAGGAACUAGGAGUCAUGAGUUCUGCAAGUAUCAUCGCUUUCAUGGGCAUCAUACAAAUAAUUGUCGAAACAUUCGACAAAUUAUACUUCGCCUGAUAGAGCAGGGAAAACUCGUGCAUUUCCUGGAAAAUUAUGCACCACCACCACCACCACCACCACGUGAAAAUCAGCCGGUAUACCGAAUUGAAAUAGAUCGAGGGGCACAAAGACCGAAUUGUAAUACGAUAAUACAUGCAGCGAAGAGCAUCCAAAAUUUCCAUGACAACAUACUCAGGAGAGUAUAUAAGAGGGACUUCGAAGGAAAAGAAAUAUUCAGCGUCAACACGAAGGAACCGUUAGAAGAAUGGCAGAAAAGAAAAAUAACAUUUUCAGCGAAAGAUGCACCCGAAGGAGGAAACUCGCAUACAAACCCUUUGGUAAUAACCCUAAAUUUUGGGAAAUACUCAAAGUGGGAAGACGACCAAGCUGAGAAAGGGAAAAUCUGGGCAAUUGACAGAAUCUUGGUGGAUACGGGGAGCUCGGUUGAUAUACUCUUCUAUCAUGCCUUUAAGACCAUGGGAUACAAGGACUCGGAUCUCGUACCAUCGACGUACAACAUAUAUGGGUUUAACGGAAUCGCAUCUAAACCAAAGAGAGAGCUAGUUAUAAUUUUUUUUGCUGGUGGGCUGGAAACCAAAGUCACGGUCUGCAUAAUAGACAUAGACUCACCUUACGACACUCUUAUAGAAAGACCAUGGAUACACGGGAUAAAAGGAAUCGUAUCUACAUAUCAUCAGGCCAUACAGUUCCCUAUGCCAAGUGCAAUUGGUGAAAUAAGAGGAGAUUUUAGGGACGCACAAGAUUGUAUUAAAAAGGAUGUCCAUAACUGUAAGGAGAAGAAAAAGGAUGUCCAUAACUGUAAGGAGAAGAUAAGAAAGAAGAAUAGAGCGGAUUAUGGUAUUCACAAUUGGGAUAAGUGA